CGGGCCCGCCCGCAGGCCCCCCACCCCCCAGCCCUGCACCCCCUUCCCGCUCGCCAGGUCCCAGCCUCCGGGGAACCCACGGGCAAGUGGGAGCAAGGGGAACGUGGGCUUCUGGCCAGAGAUGGCCCUGCACAGCCAACUGUGGUCUCUGGCCGCCUCCAUGCCCAUGGCCGAGAGCUCCCUCUACCGGCAGCGGCUAGAGGUCAUCGCCGAGAAGCGGCGGCUGCAAGAGGAGAUCCGCGCCGUGCGCCGCGAGCUGGAGGAGGAGAAACUCCGCGUGGAGCGGCUCAAGAGGAAGUCUCUCCGGGAGCGCUGGCUCAUGGACGGGGCCGCGGCGGAGCCAGAGCCACCCAAAGACCCCGAUCCCCAGUCUCCCAAGGGCCAGGCCCAGGCCCACAUCCGGAACCUGGAAGACAGCUUGUUCACACUCCAGUCGCAGCUGCAGCUGUUGCAGAGCGCGUCCACGGGCGCCCAGCACAAGCCGUCGGGCAGGCCCACCUGGCGCCGACAGGGUCACCGUCCUCUCUCCCUGCCCACCGUGGACAUGGGUCCUACAGGCCACGCAGAUCGGGACAACAGAGCCUCCUUGCCGGCUAGACCAUCUGGCGAGUCGCCGGACGCCCCUUCGGAGGCCACGGAGGAGGCCGCUGGGGUUCUGUCGGGCCCAGGGCAGCUCCCCGGGGCGGCUGGUGCCUCCUCAGAAGCCAAUGGCCCCUGCCCCGAAGCCAGCCCCCCUCGGGAGCCGGGGCCGAGUCGGGGGGCGCCAGAGGCCGAUGGGGGGGCUGUGGUGAGGGUGGUGUGGGAGGGGCUGAGGCCCCCGGAGGACUGUGCCCCGGCGGUCACGGGCCCCGAGCUGGAGGCCAGGGUGGAGGAGGUGGUCCUGCAAGCCAUGAGGGAUCGGCAGGGGGCCGGCAGCCCGGAGCGGCCGUCCUGGGUGAAGGAGGGCAGGGGCACAGUGGAGGCGGUCUGGGAGGGGGUGGGGGGCACAGAGGGCAGCGAAGCGGAGGCCCUGGGGGAGGCGGGCGGGCAGCCCCUGAGGCCCCCGGGGACCCCAGAAGGAGAGGGGGCUCCUGGGGGCAGCCCCGAGGGCGGGGGUCAGGGGGGCUCCGGAGGAGACGAGGGGUCCUUCAUCUGGGUGGAGAGAGUGACUCUCACUGAGGAGUGGGAGGAGCUGCAGGUGGAGGGCUUGGAGGGGCCCAGGAUAGCGGGGACGGGGACGGAGGGAGAGGAGGGCCCGCUGGGGACAGAGAGGGGCGCAGGUGAGGAAUCCUGGGAGGUGGAGAGGAAAAGAGCAGAAGAAUCACUGGGCGUGGAGAAAGGAGGAGGCGAGGAAAAGCCAGAGGCAGAGAGCAAAGGAGCUGAGGAACCAUCAGGAGUUGAGAAGAAAGGAGGUGAGGAGAAACUACAGGAAAAGAGGGAAGGAGCUGAGCCAUGUGGAGUUGAUAAGAAAGGACGUGAGGACCAAGUAGGGACAGAGAGGGAAGGAGAGCCAUCAGGAGCUGAGAAUAAAGGAGGUGAGGACCAACUAGGCACAGAGAGGGAAAGAGCUGAGCCAGAGGGAGUUGAGAAGAAAAGAGGUGAGGACCAAGUAAGCACAGAAAGGGAAGGAGAGCCAUCAAGAGCUGAGAAUAAAGGAGGUGAGGAACAACUAGGGACAGAGAGGGAAGGAGCUGAGCCAACAGGAGUCGAGAAUAAAGAAGGUGAGGUCCAGCCACAGGCAAAGAGGGAAGGAGUAGAGCCAUCUGGAGUUGAGAAGAAAGGAGGUGAGGACCAGCCAGAGGCAGAGAGAGAAGGAGCUGAGGGGCCUCUGGGGUCAGAGAAUAAAGAAGAGGAGACACUGCUGCAGGUGGAGAGAAAAGGAGGUGAGGAGGCUUUGGAGGCAGAGGAGAGCCAGGAGAUCAAGGAAACGCUCAGUCCAGGAGAGCAGAGAGAGCCAGAGGAAGGAAAGGACUCCCCGGCAGAAGAGGGGAGCCAGGCAGGUGCCCCCCCGAGGGCCGAGGAGCAGCCCAGUCCAGGGGAAGGAGGGCUGGGGCCCCUGGAGAACCAGGAAGGCUCCCUGGAGGAGGAGGCAGCAAAACCCCCAACUCCUCCCAGGGGCCAGCUCCCCCCAGGGGACACCGCACCCCUCCUGGCAGAGCCCCGGGUCCCGGAACAGCCCGCCGAGUGCCAGCCGCUGCUCCAGGUGGAGGAGCCCAGCGCCAACCCCCGUGCCCGCCCCACGCCCACCUAUGUACCUGCGCGGCAGCCUGAGCCACGUGCCCCCGCCGAGGGUGAAGAGGCGAGCGGCCCAAAGCAAAAGACGUGCCAGUGCUGUGCGGUGAUGUGAGCCCGCGCCCCUCCGCCCCGCGCCCCGCUCCUCUCACAGCUACCUCGGCCUCCGGACAACCAGCAGCAGACCCCGGGGUGCAGGCAGGGCCCCACGGGACUGGCCGUGGCACCGGGGAGCCAGCUGGCCGGCUUGUUCCACCUCCACCUGGGCUCCUGGACCCCUCGCCCAGCGCCUGUGACCCUGGCCCCUACUGCGGCGAAGCCUUUAUACUUGACAAUAAAAUGCUAGAACACCC